GAAGAAGAAGAAGAAGAGGAGGAGGAAAGAGCUGCUGCAGAGAGAGGAAGUGAUGAUGAUGAUGAUGAUGAUGAUAUCAAGGUUAAGAAACAUUCCAAGCAGAAAGGUGCUGGAGGGACUUCCUGUUCAGGCAGGAAGUCUGUUCCAGGUAUCAUCUACCUGGGACACAUUCCUCCGAGGCUCCGCCCCAAACACCUGAGGAACCUGCUGUCAGCUUACGGAGAGAUCGGACGCAUCUUCCUCCAACCUGAAGAUGGUCAGGUGAGGAAGAGGAAGAAGAAGUCGGGCUUGAGGAGGUGUGACUUCACUGAAGGGUGGGUGGAGUUUUCCGAUAAACGAGUCGCCAAAAAAGUCGCAGCGUCUCUGCACAACACGCCGAUGGGCACCAGGAAACGCCAACGCUUCUCCUCUGACCUGUGGUCCAUCAAGUACCUGCACAGGUUCCAGUGGACUCACCUGAGCGAGCGUUUGGCGUACGAGCAGACGGUGUUGCAGCAGAGAUUAAGGACUGAAGUGUCUCAGGCGAAGCGGGAGACAAACUUCUACCUGAACAACGUGGAGCGGAGCGCUCACCUGGACAACGUGAGGAGGAAGAGGCAGAGAGACGGACAACAGGUGGACGAGAAGACAUGGGACUUCACGCAGCGGCAGACGGAGGACGAGAUCCAGUCGAAGAAGAAGAAGAAGAACUCCGUUACCCAGAAGCACCUGAACAAGGCCCGCCUCAUACAGCAGAAGAGCCAAUCGAAUGUCUCGCUGCUGGCCAAGAUUUUCAACUCAAAUAAAUCAGAGUGACAGAAAAGGGACCUUGUUGGCUUUUUGGCAAGACUGUUGUCAUGGGAACAGAAGGCAGACUGUGACACGCCCACCUUCAGGAGAGGACGGCUCAGUGAGGGAAUGUUACCUGCUCAGGUGACAGUCAGACUCACCUGUACAGGAUCUGAACCUGUCGUGGAAAGUCUCUCUGUGUUGUACAUAAAAUGAUUGACGUGUUUUAUCAGCCCCCCCCCCCCCCCCCCCCGACACACCUGUGUUACCUGAACUUCACUCUUGACUCCUCCAGAAGUUUGAUGAAUAAAGAUGAGACAGGUGACAGAAACUA